GCGGGGGGAAGGAGAGCGGUUGCUAGGUGACUUGCGUCAUCAGCAGGCGCCGCUCUCCUCCCGCCCCUCUCUCUGGAGUGAGGCGAGAGCCCCGCACAGAGCGAGCGAGACAGCGAGCUGAGCUCGGGCGCUACCGCCACCGCCCGCCGAGAGAGUGAGAGCGAGGGAGCAUCCAAGAGACCCAGCCCCCGUGCAUUGGCCACCGCCGAGACCCUCCGCCCCAACCUGGGCCAGUGGGAGCCGCGGCCGCCCUUCUCUCCCCCCCUCACCUUCCCGGCCGGCAGCGGCGGCUGCACACGCCGGAGCGGGAGCCAGAGCCAGGAGCCGGAGCCGGAGCCGGAGCCGGAGCCGGCGGCUAGGGGGCAGGGAGGCGGCCACCGCGGGCCGGGACUGGACUGAGUAGCUGCUUCCGCGGUGAGAGGACGCUGAGGAGGGGCUGGGAUUUCUGCCUCGUCCGGGGCGUGGGGCGAAGGACCCCCAAGGUGUAGGGAGGGGGGUCCCAGCCGCAGCGACACAUGCGGGAGCCGGGAGCGGGGGCGGCGCCGAGCGGAGCCGGCCGGGUCCCCUGCCUCACCGCCGCCUCGGCCACCCUCCCGGGGCCGUAGCAUCUCGCCCGGGAGUGUAUGAGCCGGGGCCCCAAGCUCGGCAGCCACCCCCCGCCCGGGGGGGCGGGGACCCCAAUGUGAAGCGGCGGCUGGGGUGGCGGGGAGAGCAGGACCCGCGCCGCGGUCCCUUCCUUACCGUCCCCCCUCCCCUCAGCCCCCUCGGGGGGUCUUCUCCCUUGGCCAGUCGCCGGCCCCCCGGCUCCUCGGCAGGACUCCGGGAGUUCUUAGAGCCCCCUCCCCCGCCCCAGCCCCGAGGGCGGCGGGGCCGGGGGGGACCCGGGGGGCCGGCCGCAGCCUCCGCCCAGAGGAAACUUUACAAAAACAAAAUCGUGACUGUCCCGGGACAAGUGGCCCUGGACGGGCAGAAGCCACAGCCUGAAGAGACCCCAGGAAGAGGAAAAGAGGAGGUGAGCGGGGCCGCCGCCUCCUCUUCCCCGGCAGCGCGGAAGAGACCCGGGUGGCCGCCUGGUUGAGCGACACUAGCACCACUUCUUCUCAGUUGCGCGACGGAGCCUUCCGCAGCUGCUGCCUCAGUCCGAAGGAGGAAGGGAACCAACCCACUUUCUCAGCGCCGGCUCCUCUCUAAAGCAUCAAGAUAUCAACUCCUCAGAAGUCUCCCUGUGUCCUGUCCCAGUCAAUAAUUCCUUCACAAGAAAGGGAAUUUCUACCAUCAGCAAGAUUUUUAAAAGACUGUCUAAGUAGUUGAAUGUGAAAACCUUUUCAUCUUCUGAUAGUCUAGCCAAGGUUCAAGAAGUAGCAAGCUGGCUUUUGGAAAUGAAUCAGGAACUGCUCUCUGUGGGCAGCAAAAGACGACGAACUGGAGGCUCUCUGAGAGGUAACCCUUCCUCAAGCCAGGCAGAUGAGGAACAGAUGAACCGGGUGGUAGAGGAGGAACAGCAGCAGCAGCAGCAGCAGCAGCAGCAGCAGCAGCAGCAACUAAGACAACAAGAGGAGGAGCACACUGCAAGGAAUGGCGAAGUUGUUGGAGCAGAACCUAGACCUGGAGACCAAAAUGACUCCCAGCAAGGACAAGUGGAAGAAAACAAUAAUCGAUUUAUUUCAGUAGAUGAGGACUCCUCAGGAAAUCAAGAGGAACAAGAGGAAGAUGAAGAACACGCUGGUGAACAAGAGGAGGAGGAUGAAGAAGAGGAGGAAAUGGACCAGGAGAGUGAUGAUUUUGAUCAGUCUGAUGACAGUAGCAGAGAAGAUGAACAUACACAUAGUAACAGUGUCACAAACUCCAGUAGUAGUAUUGUGGACCUGCCCAUUCACCAACUCUCCUCCCCAUUCUAUACAAAGACAACAAAAAUGAAAAGAAAGUUGGACCAUGGUUCCGAGGUCCGCUCCUUUUCUUUGGGAAAGAAACCAUGCAAAGUCUCAGAAUAUACAAGUACCACUGGGCUUGUGCCAUGUUCAGCAACACCAACAACUUUCGGGGACCUGAGAGCAGCCAAUGGCCAAGGGCAACAACGACGUCGGAUUACAUCUGUCCAGCCACCUACAGGCCUCCAGGAAUGGCUAAAAAUGUUUCAGAGCUGGAGUGGACCAGAGAAACUGCUUGCUUUAGAUGAACUCAUUGAUAGUUGUGAACCAACGCAAGUGAAACAUAUGAUGCAAGUGAUAGAACCCCAGUUUCAAAGAGACUUUAUUUCCUUGCUCCCUAAAGAGCUGGCACUUUAUGUGCUUUCAUUCCUGGAACCCAAAGACCUGCUACAAGCAGCUCAGACGUGUCGCUACUGGAGAAUUUUGGCUGAAGACAACCUUCUCUGGAGAGAGAAAUGCAGAGAAGAGGGGAUUGAUGAACCAUUGCACAUCAAGAGAAGAAAAGUAAUAAAACCAGGUUUCAUACACAGUCCAUGGAAAAGUGCAUACAUCAGACAGCACAGAAUUGAUACAAACUGGAGGCGAGGAGAACUCAAAUCUCCUAAGGUGCUGAAAGGACACGAUGAUCAUGUGAUCACAUGCUUACAGUUUUGUGGUAACCGAAUAGUUAGUGGUUCUGACGACAACACUUUAAAAGUUUGGUCAGCAGUUACAGGCAAAUGUCUGAGAACGUUAGUGGGACAUACAGGUGGAGUAUGGUCAUCACAGAUGAGAGACAAUAUCAUCAUUAGUGGAUCCACGGAUCGAACUCUCAAAGUGUGGAAUGCAGAGACUGGGGAAUGCAUACACACCCUGUAUGGGCACACUUCCACUGUGCGCUGCAUGCAUCUCCACGAGAAGAGAGUCGUUAGCGGUUCUCGAGAUGCCACCCUUAGGGUUUGGGAUAUUGAGACAGGCCAGUGUUUACAUGUCUUGAUGGGUCAUGUAGCAGCAGUCCGCUGCGUGCAGUAUGAUGGCAGGAGGGUUGUUAGUGGAGCGUAUGAUUUUAUGGUGAAGGUGUGGGAUCCAGAGACUGAGACCUGUCUACACACGUUGCAGGGGCAUACAAAUAGAGUCUAUUCAUUACAGUUUGAUGGCAUCCAUGUGGUGAGUGGAUCUCUUGAUACAUCGAUCCGAGUUUGGGAUGUGGAGACAGGGAACUGCAUUCACACAUUAACAGGGCACCAGUCGUUAACAAGUGGAAUGGAACUCAAGGACAAUAUUCUUGUCUCUGGGAAUGCAGAUUCUACAGUUAAAAUCUGGGAUAUCAAAACAGGACAGUGUUUACAAACAUUGCAAGGUCCCAACAAGCAUCAGAGUGCUGUGACCUGUUUACAGUUCAACAAGAACUUUGUAAUUACCAGCUCAGAUGAUGGAACUGUAAAACUAUGGGACUUGAAAACGGGUGAAUUUAUUCGAAACCUAGUCACAUUGGAGAGUGGGGGGAGUGGGGGAGUUGUGUGGCGGAUCAGAGCCUCCAACACAAAGCUGGUGUGUGCAGUCGGGAGUCGGAACGGGACUGAAGAAACCAAGCUGCUGGUGCUGGACUUCGAUGUGGACAUGAAGUGAAGAGCAGAGAGGAUGAAUUUUGUGUAGACGAUAUACUCCCUUCUCUUAUCCCCUGCGCAAAAAAAACAAAAAUCAAAAAAACAAAAACAAAACAAAAAAGAAAAAGAAAAAAAGAAAGAAAGAGAGAAAAGAAAAAGAAAAAAACAGAAAAAAAGAAAAAAGAGAAAAUGAAAAAAAAAAAAAAAUCCCUUGUACUCAGUGGUGCAGGAUGUUGGCUUGGGGCAACAGAUUGAAAAGACCUACAGACUAGGAAGGAAAAGAGGAAGAGAAGACAAACCAUAACUGACAAGAGAGGCGUCUGCUGUCUCAUCACAUAAAAGGCUUCACUUCUGACUGAGGGCAGCUUUGCAAAACGAGACUUUCUAAAAACCAGGUGCAAUUAUUUCUUUAUUUUCUUCUCCAGUGGUCGUUGGGCAGUGUUAAUGCUGAAACAUCGUUACCGAUUCUGCUCGCUUGUUCUUUUGCCACUGUCACCUAGAAAGGAGCUGCAAUAAUAUCAAAACAAGUACUGGUUGACUUUCUAAUCAGAGAGCAUCUACAACAACCACAACAAAAGAUUCUCCAGUGGAAAAGCUAGGAAAAAAAAGAAAAAAGAAAAAAAUUACUGUGAAUUGUUUUUGUACAGUUAUCAUGAGAAGUUUUUUUUUUUAUUUUAUUUUAUUUUUAUUUUUAUUUUUUUUUUUUGCCAACCAUUGCCAAUGUCAAUCAAUCACAGUAUUAGCCUCUGUUAAUCUAUUUACUGUUGCUUCCAUAUUCACUCUUCAAUGCAUAUGUUGCUCAAAGGUGGCAAGUUGUCCUGGGUUCUGUGAGUCCUGAGAUGGAUUUAAUUCUUGAUGCUGGUGCUAGAAGUAGGUCUUCAAAUAUGGGAUUGUUGUCCCACCCCUGUACUGUACUCCCAGUGGCCAAACUUAUUUAUGCUGCUAAAUGAAAGAAAGAAAAAAAGCAAAUUAUUUUUUUUUAUUUUUUUUCUGCUGUGACGUUUUAGUCCCAGACUGAAUUCCAAAUUUGCUCUAGUUUGGUUACAGAAAAAAGACUUUUUGCCACUGAAACUUGAACCAUCUGUGCCUCUAAGAGGCUGAGAAUGGAAGAGUUUCAGAUAAUAAAGAGUGAAGUUUGCCUGCAAGUAAAGAAUCGAGAGUGUGUGCAAAGCUUAUUUUCUUUUAUCUGGGCAAAAUUAAAACACAUUCCUUGGAACAGAGCUGUUACCGCCUGUUCUACGGAGAAACUUUUCUUUUUGAGGGCUGUGGUGAAUGGAUGAACGUACAUGAGAAAACUGACAGAAUAUUUUAAAAAUUGAAAUAAAGUUGCUGGUCAGUCUUAGUGUUUUACAGUAUUUGGGAAAACAACUGUUACAGUUUUAUUGCUCUGAGUAACUGACAAAAAAGGAACGAUUCAGUCUCUAGUGAAGGCGUCACACGCAAACCCGCGCGGUGAGUGACGAGUCAGAAGGUUCGCCUCAUUCUCCAGGAGCCACGACUCAAGCUGAACUGUGAAAGUGGUUUAACACUGUAUCCUAGGUGGUCUUUUUUCCUCCUCCUGUUUAUUUUUGUUGUUGUUGUUGUUUUAUUUAUAGUCUGAUUUAAAACAAUCAGAUUCAAGUUGGUUAAUUUUAGUUAUGUAACAACCUGACAUGAUGGAGGAAAACAACCUUUAAAGGGAUUGUGUCUUUGAUUUGAUUCACUUAGAAAUUUUAUUUUCUUAUAACUUAAGUGCAAUAAAAUGUGUUUUUUCAUGUUA